UUUGUAUAGUGUUGCUCACCGGUGUCUCCAGGAGGACACCGGUGUCAGAAUGUGUCAGUGCUCAGUCAGACAGGCUGCCCCGCUCAUUUCCAGGCUGCCAUGGCGUGGACACGCUCGUCACUCCGUCUCCCUCUCUCUCUCAAUUCCAGCGCGGUAAUUUUGGCCCUGACGUUGGCCCGUUAAAACGUCUCCUCUGACGUUGUUGGAAGGAUGGUGAGGUGAGGGGGGGCGGGUGGAGAGCAGAUAUAGGAGUACGUACUCAACUCCCUGGAGUCCAGACACUUCUCUAGUGGCAACAAGAGGAAGAAGGUGUGUGGCUCUAGAGGCCUCAUAGGCUGGUUUCACCCAAACCUCAGUUAAUAGGACGUGAAGAGGAGGAGAUGCUGGCUCAUCUGGGCCACUGUCCCUUGACUUUCCCACAGGCACAGGGACAAAUCGUUCUGCUUCGUCCAGGCCUCAAACCCCGUGAAGGAUGACUGAGGGAGACGUCACUGUGCUGUCGUUCAGAUCCACAUCUCUGGAUCGGUCCAGGCAGGAGCCCCGGACACUGACCAGGCUCUACUGCCAGAACGGAGGCUUUCACCUGAGGAUUUUACCUGACGGCACCGUGAGUGGUGGGAGGCAGGAAAAUGAUACCUAUGUGUGGUACGUUUGUGUUGCAGACAUCCUCAGGCUGAAGGCUGUGAGUGUGGGAGUGGUGGUCAUCAAGGGGGAGGUGACAGAAAGGUACCUGGCUAUGAACCAAAACGGACACCUCUAUGGAUCUCAAGCAGUGAACGACGAGUGUUACUUCCUGGAGAAGUAUGAAGAAAACCACUACAACACGUAUUGCUCUCAGAAGUACAACUGGUAUGUCGCGCUGAAGAGAAGCGGCCGACCCAAAGCGGGACCGGACACACACCGAGGUCAGAAGGCCAUCUUUUUCCUGCCGAGGGCUGCAGGCAACAUGUAAAGCAAGACGGUACAGGAAACGUGGACACGCUCAACAUGCACAUUUAUAGUGAAAUGUUAUGUGAGGCUGGGGAAGCCUGAGGCAAACACAUAAUACUGUUUCUACAGUUUGUUUCCAUAUAAAUAACCUAUAAAUUAGUGUUUUCCACUUAUUUAAGCAGGAUGCAUAUGAUCUGACUAUUCUGCUUCAUGUAAAGAGUUUAUACAUGGUUAUAUAUGCCUAAUAUUUUCUGACUAUGAGCACAUAUACACCCACUCACAGCAGACAGAACAUGUUUGUGAUAUCAGUGCAUGUCAGUCCUAAUAGAUGAGUGUUUACUUUGAACCCUGGUAUGAAAUACCACUGCUGGGAGACAGCGAUGCACCACUUCUACUUAGUUCCACAGUUGGUUGUGUCUGGUAUAAAAUAAACAUUAAAACAGGAAAAAUAAAGAUAUCCACAAUUUGGCUUCAAACUCAAGUAAACAAAGCACAUAGUUUUUGAAUUAUUCCAGUAGGCCAAUUGCAGUUGGGCCUUGUAAUUUGCUAGAGCCUGUUUCUAUAACCACUUCUGUGGAACGUUAGCAUCUCUAAAAGCUCAUUUUAUGAAAUCAGACAAAAAUAGAUUCCUCACUCAAUAUGAGAAACUUCAAGACUAAAAUUUCUAUUAUCAGUGUCCUCGCAAAGUGUUAAACCCGUUAACGUCCUGAAAGCAGCACCACACUUGUUUGUAGCAUCAUUAGACAUGACAACAUUAUAUUAUUAUUAUUAUUGUUCCUAUGUGCCGAGGUCAUCUGACAGUCUGCAAGUGUAGCAAAGCAAAUGUGAAGACUUUGUUUCAGUUGUCAGUGAACUUAUUGUUGAGUUGAACUUUCUGUCGUGAUCUACAGAAGUUACACAAACUAUCCUUCACUAGGCAUCAUCGUCCAAAACAGAUGUUUCCACAAGUUUAUCUAUUGCUCUGCAUUUUGUUGGGAUCAUAGACUGUGUGCAGAUGGACAAUGCAUCUACACCUCCCCCCACUAUCCAGAAAUAAAGCUACAUUUUCCCAGUUACAGACGUAUACAGAAUUGGAAGUGAUACACACGCUAAACCAACCAUAAGUCAGUCUCAGCUGUCAAUCAUGACGUUACACACCAUUUAUAUAGCAUAGGAUAAUUAUAACUAAACUUACUGGGAAAAUGAGCAGUUGCACAUACAUCAGUGUGAUAAUAACGACCUAAAAUGACAGAAACCAUCUUUAAGAAAAAUGUAUAUCAGUUUCAAGAAUGUCCAUUUCUUAAACAUAAUUAAUAUAACAUGUACUUUGGACUCUCAUCCCAUCCUUUAACAUGGAGAAGCAGGUUUAUGACCUUUAUACUGCAGCCAGCCAUCAGGUGGCUUUGGCCUCACUUCUGGGGAGCGUCCAUCUUUACAGUCUAUGGAGGAAACACAUGUUGCUGUGACAUUAUACUGGGUUGAAUUACUAUUGUGAAUAUUUAUAUAUAACAUGUUGCUGCUAUUGCUAAGUUUUAAUCUCACUGAACAUUGUCAUGAAUAUUUGAAGAAUAAUUUGUACAUAUAUAUAUAUAUUAAGGUAAUGCAAUCACCUUUUCUCAAGACAAUGUUAAAAAAAGCAAAAUAUGCAUCAUUAUCUGUGAACAAAUAAACUGUUUGAUUUGCUCGA